CCGAGAGAGAGUCAAGGAUCAAACAAUCAAUUCCAUCCCCAAUUCGCUCUCUCUAAACCCUAGAUUUGAAUCUCUGUCUCUCCAAAUUUCCGUGCAAACCCUAAAUAAGCGAUGGGGAACACGGAGAAACUGAUGAACCAGAUCAUGGAGCUCAAGUUCACUUCCAAGAGCCUCCAACGCCAAGCGAGAAAGUGCGAGAAAGAAGAGAAAUCCGAGAAACUCAAGGUCAAGAAAGCCAUAGAAAAGGGUAACAUGGACGGAGCUCGAAUCUACGCCGAGAAUUCCAUCCGUAAGCGCAGCGAGCAAAUGAAUUAUCUCCGAUUGGCUUCCCGGCUCGACGCCGUCGUGGCGAGGCUCGACACGCAGGCCAAGAUGACCACGAUCAGCAAGUCGAUGGGCUCGAUCGUGAAGUCGCUCGAGUCCACGCUCGCCACCGGGAAUCUGCAGAAGAUGUCGGAGACGAUGGAUCAGUUCGAGCGCCAGUUCGUGAACAUGGAGGUGCAGGCCGAGUUUAUGGAGAGCUCGAUGGCCGGAAGCACGUCGCUGUCGACCCCGGAGGGAGAGGUGAACAGUUUGAUGCAGCAGGUGGCGGAUGAUUAUGGGUUGGAGGUGUCGGUGGGGCUGCCUCAGCCGGCGGCACACGCCGUGUCGGUGCCGAGCUCGGAGAAAGUCGACGAGGACGACCUGACGAGGCGCUUGGCCGAGCUCAAGGCCCGUGGGUGAGAGAAUUGACUGGAUAGUCUUGAAUUAAUAUGUGUGGUAUAGUAUCUGGAAUUCUAUUUCAUAUUGAACGUACUACUAUGUAAAUUUGACGAAAAUUGUUGGCUUUAUGUUGACUUUGUGCACAAUAAAUCUACAUUUUGACGCUUUUAA